AUGGCACUCCAACUGCAGCCUAUCGAAGACAUCCAAAUACCAGGACAGGAGGGCCAAUCCCUCUUCCUGGAGGGCCACGACCUUCAGAUCAUCUCCACGCCUUCCCGAGAAUCAAUCUCAGAUUUCACCAGCCUCACUCCAGCUCUCGGAAUCGCCACCACCCUUUACAACUGGUGUCCAGAGUCUCUGUCAGCACUGCUGGACUUCAAGAACUGGUUCUCUUUGACAUGGAUCCUAAACCUCGAGGCCGAAGAAUGCAAAAUUGAAAUCGGCAGGAUCAGAAAUCUCAUCACGUUUGGCAAAUUGAACAAUGAAGGGAAUUGGACGCUGAUGCUAUCCUAUACCAUCUCAGAAAAAGACGCCGAGAAAGGAGCCUGGAAAGCGAAUACCGAGGAAUCCAUGGUCAAUGGCCAAGAUAUCAAAGAUCCGGAUAUGAUAAAUCGCCUCGCCAGAUUCUUCGUCAAGGAUCUUCUAUUGAAUCGCAGAUGGGAGACAGGAAAGGGAGUUCGUCAUGAUUUCUUCAUUGAACAUGCGCCGUUAGAUCCUUGGGAAGAUGGCAUACGGAUGAACCCACACUGGCUUUACGAGGGGUUGGAUUUGGGAAAAUGUACAACGUGCGGGAAGGAUGAUGGAAAGACGUUGAGUCGAUGUGGAAAGUGUGGGACUGCGGCUUACUGCUCGAGUGAGUGCCAGAAGAAAGAUUGGGCUGUUCAUAAGGGUGUCUGCGCGAUGGGGCUGGAGGAGAGGGGGAAGGCGUUGCACUUGAGUAAGGACGGUGGCUUGGUGAGAUUGUGUCAAGAGACAGCAGAGACGCUGAAGAAAGAUGACGGUGUGGAGGACUGA